AUGUCACGUGGCGACUGUUGCCCGGAUGUAUACUUUGCCGUGCCCCCGAUGACCUGUAUCAACACCACACUCCUAAAUACAACGGGAUCGUCCACAAACCUUAAACCUAAACCGCCAUCUUAUGAAAUUGUGAACUCCUGUCCAAGUGAGACCGGAAGUAGAGAGCGAAACCUAUGUGAGAAGUCGUACACACCAAAGGAACUACUUACCCGUCCACCAGUUGCAUCAGCAACGUUUCCGGUCAGUUAUAAAAACAAAUAUUGUGCCAUGUGUAAUGGUGAAAAUGACACGUUAAACUGGAUACUCGACAUAGACUGUCUCAAGUUCGCUGAUUUCAAUUUUCUGUCGACCUAUCAGGAUAUUAUUGAUCUAGCCCGAAAUAGAAAAUGUCGUAUGAGAAAUAUCAAAGAGAUAUACCCAACGGAUAAAAUCCAAAACAUAGCAACGGAAGAAUACGACGAGAGCGUGCCAGAGGUGGCGGGCGAGAGAUGUAGCAAACACCAGAUUUAUGACUAUCGGAAGGAUGAGUGCCGUAACACAACCUGUUUUCCUGGAAAAGUUCUUAACGACAGCAGCUGUAUUCCGUUAUUGACCAUAACAAACAAUCUUCGGUACACAAUCUCCAUUGAAUUUACAGGUCAGCUCCCAGAAAACCAAACAAACGCGCUAGACUUCCUGAAAGCCAUGGAAAUCGGGAUAAACCUUCAUAUCUCAAAAUUAUUCGGGACAACGGAAUUCAAGUCUGAUAAUUUCCAUCUGCUUUCGAAUUUCCCGUGUGAAUCGAAAUCAGCCUAUGUAAACACAGAAACCAUCAAACUUUAUCUUUAUAUGACGGUUCACAUAGAGGGUUACGUACCUCGUUUUCUGACAGAGAAUUCUUUACUAGAAAAUACUUCAGAUAUGUGGAAUGUGUCUGUAGAUAGCGAAGUUAUCGGCCUUGUUGCCAAGACGAGUUUGAGAGCUGUCAUGACACCAACGAUUAUAGACAAAGCGUCAUUCAAAGAAACAUGUUUCAUUCAAAGAUUUUCCAAUCACACGUUUGUCCCGUGGCAGACCUUCAGGUCAGUUUACGUGUCAAAAGUUCUUUUAUGUCGACAAAUCGAACUCGAAAGUGACGAAUAUGACAUUAAUAUUGCGAAAAUGGAACUGAAAAUUCAUAGUAUCGAAAAGACUCUUCCGUUUGAUAAAUUUCAAAGGUCUUCUAACGGCAGAGUUCGCGUGUGCAUAGAAGACAUAGAAGCUAUAUCAGAUCCGGUUAAGGAAUACGUAGACCCAUCCCUGUCAAUCCUCACUUUAGUCUGUAACACAGCUUCUAUGAUUUGUCUGUUUCUUACAUUUGCUGUUUAUCUUAUGCAUCCGACUCUGCAGUCAAUACCAGGCAUCAAUAACAUGUGUCUGGUGUUCACUCUUUUCCUCACUCAGCUAUCGUUCCAGUUUGGAUCGUUGUUUUCUGUAGAUUCCGUACUCUGUGAAGUUAUCGGUAUAGUUUUACAUGUAUUGUGGUUGUCCUUGUUUGGGUGUAUGAAUAUUUGUUCGUUUCACAUGUUCCGUGUUUUUAGCGGUAUAGGUAAAUAUCACGCAGCCCAUAACAAACUCAAAACACUGAAGAAUUACGUGACGUAUUCAUUUGGACUUCCGGUUGUCAUUGUAUUUGUGAAUACUGCUUUCACUCUUGGCUUCAACGAAGGGCAGAAAACUGGUUAUGGAGUCGACAAAUGUUUCAUCACUAGUAAAAUAUCAUUCUUUGUAACGUUUUUGUUUCCAAUAAUUGCAGUCUGCUUGUCAAACAUUGCUUUCUUUUCAAUCACAGCCCAUAAAAUACGUAAUACUCCACGUGUGAAAAGUAAUCAGGAAAAUCACCGCCAUUUUGGAAUAUAUGUCAAACUGUUUUUUAUAACUGGUGUCACUUGGUUAACAACGGUAAUUGAAGCUUUUUUCCCUUUGUCGAUCGUUUCGUAUUUCACUACAAUACUGAACGGUUGCCAGGGUGUUUUCAUUUUCCUUAGCUUUAUAGUCAACAGAAGAGUGUUCAUGCUGCUUAAGGAAGGAUAUGAGAAUGCUAGUCGGAAAUUCAGUAGGAGUUCAUCUGCACCAGCUACUCAGACCAGCAGUGUUGCUCUUCAUUCAUCCUCCACGGAUAAAGGUCUUAAUUCAUCUUCCACAGGAGGUCUUAAUACAUCUUCCACAGGAGGUCUUAAUACAUCUUCCACAAACAAAGGUCUUAAUUCAUCUUCCACAGGAGGUCUUAAUACAUCUUCCACAAACAAAGGUCUUAAUUCAUCUUCCACAGAUAAAGGUCUUAAUUCACCUUCCACAGAUAAAGGUCUUAAUUCAUCUUCCACAGGCAAGGGUCUUAACUCAUCAUCCACAGGAGGUCUUAAUACAUCUUCCACAAACAAAGGUCUUAAUUCAUCUUCCACAGGAGGUCUUAAUACAUCUUCCACAAACAAAGGUCAUAAUUCAUCUUCCACAGGAGGUCUUAAUACAUCUUCCACAAACAAAGGUCUUGAUUCAUUUUCCACAGGAGGUCUUAAUACAUCUUCCACAAACAAAGGUCUUAAUUCAUCUUCCACCGACAAAGAUCUUAACUCAUCAUCCACAGGCAAAGGUCUUAAUUCAUUCUCCACUGACAAAGAUCUUAAUUCAUCCUCCACAGACAUAGAUCGUAAUUCAUCUUCCACCGACAAAGAUCUUAAUUCACCUUCCACAGACAUGGGUUUUAAUUCAUCUUCCACAGACAUAUAG